AUGCUAGGGAAGCCAGGGAAACCGGGAACUGAUCGCGGAGGGGAUGACUGUGACGGCAAUGGAAACGGGAACCGAAAUUGUGGAAAGCCAGGGAAGCCGGGAUUCGAUCCGGGAGGUGAUGACUGUGAUGGUAAUGGAAACGGGAAUCUAAACUGUGGAAAGCCAGGGAAUCCAGGGAAGCCGGGAUUCGAUCCCGGAGGGGAUGACUGUGACGGCAAUGGAAACGGGAACCUAAAUUGUGGAAAGCCAGGGAAGCCGGGGAAGCCAGGGAAGCCGGGAGUCGAUCCAGGAGGGGAUGGCUGUGAAGGUAAUGGAAACGGGAACCUAAAGCCAGGGAGGCCAGGGGAACCGGGAACUGAUGGCGGAGGUGAUGACUGUGAUGGAACAGGAGGCGGAAACAUGGAGCCAGGGGAACUGGGCAUCAUCGAUCCCGGUGGCGAUGAUUGUGAUGGAAAUGGAAAUGGAAACGGAAACAUAAAACCAGGGAUACCGGGAAUCGAUCCUGACUGUGAUGGCAUAUCAACUUUGAUUUCGUCAGUCGGCUUCUGA